CUCGGUUGGAGGCUGAAUGUCGACAGCGCAGCUUUCUCCCGCCGCCACACUUCGGCCGAAAUCCUGGGUGCUUUCAGCCACAUCGGAUAAAUCCCAUCACUCCACGAAUGGAACAACGAUCAUGAGAAGGGGGGUAUCGUCAUUUGAAGAGGCGAGAAACGGACUGAUACGUACAUGAGUGUCUAUACCCUCGAAUUAUAAAGGCAAGUGGUGAAUUUGCUUUCCCUUCUGUUUCAGAAUCAUCAACCUCAUUCGAUCCACAAUUACAACUUCAAGACAUUUGUCUCCAAUCACAACUCACAAAUUCGAGAUCACAUGACAUCAAAAGCCAUGAAGCUCAUCCUCACUGGCACAACAGGUUUCGUAGGCCAAGAAGUGCUCACGCAAGCCCUCGCUCACCCUUCAAUCACAUCCGUCGUCGCACUCACCCGCCAUCCAAUCCCAGCAACCUUCGCCUCAAAUCCAAAGGUGAAAAAUGUCUUAGUGGAGGACUUCUCAACCUACACUCCAUCUGUUCUGGAACAGUUAUCAGGGGCCGAUGCUUGUAUUUGGUGCAUAGGAGCCAAAUCCACCAACCCAAACACCACCCGGAAAGUAACCCUCGACUACGCCCUCGCAGGAGUAAACGCCUUCUCGCAACUCCCCAAACCUGAGUCCCAGAAUUUCCGCUUCGUAUUUACGAGCGGCAUCCUCGCUGUAAGGGAAGGGAAACCCAUUUACCUUCCGUACGCGAAAGAAUCGCGGCGUCUGGGUGGUGAAGCAGAAACCAAACUUGAGGAGUUCGGGAAAGGUCACGAGGGAUUGGAUGUCUACAUCAUGCGCCCCUCGGGCGUGACGGCGAAAGACAGAAGCUUGCUCAAUAGCCUCAGUGCGACCUUUGCACCGAUGAUUAGGGUUAAUGAGCUUGCGGCUGCCAUGAUUGAUGUUGCUGUUAACGGGGGAGGGAGUAAGACGUGGGAUAAUAGGGAUUUGGUCUCCCGGGGCAGAGAGGUAUUAGCGGGUAUGAAAUAACGUGUGUGUUUUGGGCUAUGAGGACGAGGGUGGAAUUGUGUUAUAGAGGAAGAGACGG